GAGGGAGAGAGAGAUUAGAGGUCACAGAGUGACAUUUCUCCUGUCACUCGCGGGCAGUAAAUCACUCCAAUCUCUCGUGUGAUAGCUGUGAAUAUUGCCUGCGCGUCUCUGCGUUCAGUUUCUGGGUGUUUUUCCACGAGGUCCGGUCGCGAGGAUGGCCAGCUCGACACUGCGGCGGUUCUUUGUCUACGGCACUCUGAAGCGCGGCGAGCCCAACCACCAGCUGCUGACGCGGCCGGAAAACGGCGUCAGCAAGUUCGUGGGCCGCGCCGAAACAACCGUGAAGCUUCCUCUGGUCAUUGGCACUCGCUACAACAUUCCGUUCCUGCUGAACCAGCGUGGCACCGGACACUUCGUCAGGGGUGAGAUUUACGAGGUGGACGACGGGAUGAUGGAGAAGCUGGACGAGCUGGAAGGAUAUCCGGAGUUCUACGACAGGGAAAUCCAGGAGAUGAAACUCCUCGACGAUCCGGAACAGAAAACUCUUCCUUGCUGGGUUUACUUGCUGCGCUCCUUUCCUGACCACCUGCUGGGCUUCGAGAUGCUGACUGAGUAUCGCGACACGCCGGAGAAGCGAUACUGCGAAAGCUACAAUGAGAGCACUCCUGAGGAUCUGCGCGAGGACGUGAAGAGGGACUUGCAGAAGUGAUUGCGUGUUGUGCGGGAAAAUUAAUUAAAA